CUCUCUUGUGACACCAAACCACAAGGCCAACUCUCAGAAGGCAGAGCUUCGCCAUGCCCAGCCCAGCACUUCUGUGUUUCCUGGUCUUCCUGGCCGGGGUAGGAGCCAGCCGACACCAGAGCACCCUGUCUGAGGACAACUGCACCCACUUCUCAGUCAGCCUGCCCCACAUGCUCCGAGAGCUCCGAGCUGCCUUCGGCAAGGUGAAGACUUUCUUUCAAACCAAGGACGAGCUGCACAGCAUAUUGUUGACUAGGUCCUUGCUGGAGGACUUUAAGGGUUACCUGGGUUGCCAAGCCUUGUCCGAGAUGAUCCAGUUUUACUUGGAGGAGGUGAUGCCCCAGGCUGAGAACGAGGACCCAGACAUCAAACAACACGUGAACUCCCUGGGAGAAAAGCUGAAGACCCUCCGGCUGAGACUGCGGCGCUGUCAUCGAUUUCUGCCCUGUGAAAACAAGAGCAAGGUGGUGGAGCAGGUGAAGAGCACCUUUAGUAAGCUCCAAGAGAAAGGUGUCUACAAGGCCAUGGGUGAGUUUGACAUCUUCAUCAACUACAUAGAAGCUUACAUGACAAUGAAGAUGAAAAUCUGAAACAUGGUGGGGAACGAAACAUCCAGGAUGCAACUCUUCUGGACUCUAGGACAUACAUUGGAGAUCUACAAAAUCCUACUCAGGGAUAUGGGAGAACCAAACAGCUCCUUGGAGAACCCGGUCAUACCUCUCUCUUAGAAUAUUUAUUACCUCUGAUACCUCAACUCCCAUUUGUAUUUAUUUACUGAGCUUCUCUGUGAACUAUUUAGAAAGAAGCCCAAUAUUAUAAUUUUUUUCAAUAUUUAUUUUUUUUCACCUGUGUGUAAGCUGUUUUUGUAGGGUGAUACCCUAUGGUAUUUGAGUAUUUUAAGAGAAAUUGUAACUUAUAUAAGGAAAAAAAAUGUUUCUUGGGGAGCCUACUGAUGCUUCCAUUCCAAGCCUGACCAUACUUCAUAGCUGUUGAGCUAUUGUUCCUGACCUCCCUAUAAUUUCUCUGGGCCUGGGGCUCCUAGAGUAUUGUAAAGACCCUUACCCUCUUAGGAGGAGAAACUAGGGAGCCCCUUUGAUAAUUAAUAUUCCAGUGGCUCAGAGGGAUUCCCUUGACCUCAUUCCCCAACCUCUUCAUUCUUGAAAGCUGUGUCCUGCUUGUUAUUUAUAACAACCUAAAGUUGGUUCUAAUAGAACUCAGUUUUAACUAGAAGCAAUUCAAUUCCUCUGGGAAUGUUACAUUGUUUGUCUGUCUUCAUAGCAGAUUUUAAUUUUUAAUAAAUAAAUGAGUCUUAUUAAAAUUA